AUCUUUGGGAGGGGGUGAUACCCUCUUCUUGGAGGUGCCGCUGCCAUUUGGGGGGGUGCAAUACCACCUCUCGAGGGUAUGAUAACCCCUCUUGGCGGGGGUGAUACCCUGUCUCCUGGGGGGGGCACACGGCUGCCCCCGGCGCUCCCGGCAGCCGCGUUGGGGCGAACCCCCCGCCCAGCGCCGCCGCGGGGCUGGUUGCUCCGACAACCUUCCUCCUCCUCCUCCUCCUCCUCCUCCUCGGCCACAUCCUCCUCCCGCCCCAUCCUCUUCCUCGGCCCGGCGGCUUCCGGCCGGGCCCCGCCGGGGACUUUGCUCCAGCGAUCGUCAACCCGGGGAGGGAGCGGCCGCCAUCGCCCGGCCCCGCCGCCCCGCUGCCGUAAGAGUCCCCCCCGGGACCCCCCCGCCGCCAUCACCGCCGGUUCCAUCACCGCCGGUUCCAUCACCCCCCCGCCGCCAUCCCCCCCGGUUCCAUCACCCCCCCGCCACCGCCACCACCAUCGCCGCCCCCGCCGCCACCGCUGUCCCCGGAGCCGCCAUGGCCUCGGCGCCCCCCCCGGACAAGUGUCCCUUCAAGAAGCGGGGCAGCCUGCAGGCCCCCAGCCCCGCAGCUGAGGCUGUCGCGGUGUUGCAGAGCUGCGGGGGGGGCUGGGGUCCCGGCCCCUGCAGUCGGCGCGUUCCCUGCCCGGGCCCCCCCACUGCCUGAAGCAUUUCCCCGUGGACCUGCGCACCUCCAUGGACGGCAAGUACAAGGAGAUCGCCGAGGAGCUGUUCUGCCGCUCGCUGGCCGAGAGCGAGAUGCGCACGGCGCCGUACGAGUUCCCCGAGGAGAGCCCCAUCGAGCAGCUGGAGGAGCGGCGCCAGCGCCUCGAGCGCCAGAUCAGCCAGGACGUCAAACUCGAGCCCGACAUUUUGCUCAGAGCCAAACAGGACUUCUUGAAAAUUGACAGUGCCACGGACUUACAGCUCUUCAAGGAGCAGAACGAGGACCUGGUGGACCAUGUCCCCAAGGAGCGGGAGGCGCUGCUGGAGCGGGAGUUCCAGCGAGUCACCAUCUCCGGGGAGGAGAAAUGUGGGGUGCCUUUCACGGACCUUCUGGACGCGGCCAAGAGCGUGGUGAAGGCCUUGUUCCUGCGGGAGAAGUACAUGGGCCUGUCCCUGCAGAGCUUCUGCAAAACCACCGCCCGGUUCCUGCAGGAGCUCUCGGAGAAGCCCCUGGGGACCCGCGGCUACGAGGAGGUGCCCGAGACCCCCGUGGCUGCCGAUGCGCCUGUGCACCCCCCGUUUGCGGAGCAGCACCCCUACGAGACGUGGGACCCCCAGACCAUGCCGGCUGAUCUGGGCUUUGGGCUGAAGAUGGUGGACGGCGUGGUGCACGUCUACACCAAGCAGGACCCCACCGACAAGAGCACGGAGCUGGACCUGCCGUACCCCGACCUGCAGGAGUUCAUCGCCGACAUGAAUUUCCUUAUGGCUUUGAUCAUCAACGGGCCCAUCAAAUCCUUCUGCUACCGCCGGCUGCAGUACCUGAGCUCCAAGUUCCAGAUGCACGUGCUGCUCAACGAGAUGAAGGAGCUGGCGGCUCAGAAGAAGGUUCCCCACCGCGACUUCUACAACAUCCGCAAGGUGGACACCCACAUCCACGCCUCGUCCUGCAUGAACCAGAAGCAUCUCCUGCGCUUCAUCAAGCGGGCGAUGAAGAAGCACCUGGAUGAAAUCGUCCACGUGGAGAAGGGGAAGGAGCAGACGCUCAAGGAGGUCUUUGAGACCAUGAACCUCACCGCCUACGACCUGAGUGUGGACACGCUGGAUGUGCACGCGGACCGCAACACCUUCCACCGCUUCGACAAGUUCAACGCCAAGUACAACCCCAUCGGCGAGUCCAUCCUGCGGGAGAUCUUCAUCAAGACAGACAACCGCAUCUCGGGGAAGUACUUUGCCCACAUCAUCAAGGAGGUGAUGUCCGACCUGGAGGAGAGCAAGUACCAGAACGCCGAGCUGCGGCUCUCCAUCUACGGCCGCUCCCGGGACGAGUGGGACAAGCUGGCCCGUUGGGCCGUCAACCACCGCGUCCACUCCAACAACGUCCGCUGGCUCGUGCAGGUUCCCCGGCUCUUUGAUGUCUACCGGACGAAGAAGCAGUUGGCCAACUUCCAGGAGAUGCUGGAGAACAUCUUCCUGCCCCUCUUUGAGGCCACUGUCCACCCUGCCCAGCACCCGGAGCUGCACCUCUUCCUGGAGCACGUAGACGGCUUUGACAGUGUGGAUGAUGAAUCCAAACCAGAACAUCACAUCUUCAACCUGGACAGCCCCUUGCCGGGCAACUGGGUGGAGGAGGACAACCCGCCCUACUCCUACUACCUGUACUACAUGUACGCCAACAUGACGGUGCUCAACCACCUCCGGCGGAAGAGAGGCUUCCACACCUUUGUCCUGCGCCCGCACUGCGGUGAGGCCGGUCCCAUCCACCACCUCGUCUCGGGCUUCAUGGUCUCGGAGAACAUCUCCCACGGCUUGCUGCUCCGCAAGGCUCCGGUCCUGCAGUAUCUCUACUACCUGGCGCAGAUCGGCAUCGCCAUGUCCCCCCUGAGCAACAACAGCCUCUUCCUCAGCUACCACCGCAACCCCCUGCCCGAGUACCUCUCGCGGGGGCUCAUGGUCUCCCUCUCCACCGAUGACCCCCUCCAGUUCCACUUCACCAAGGAGCCGCUGAUGGAGGAGUACAGCAUCGCCACCCAGGUCUGGAAGCUCAGCUCCUGCGACAUGUGCGAGCUGGCCCGCAACAGCGUCCUCAUGAGCGGCUUCUCCCACAAGGUGAAGAGCUACUGGCUGGGCCCCCACUACCUGAAGGAGGGUCCCGAGGGCAAUGACAUCCGUCGCACCAACGUCCCCGACAUCCGCGUCAGCUACCGCUUCGAGACGCUGUGCCAGGAGCUGACGCUGAUCACGCAGGCGGUGCAGAGCGCCGAGCUGGAGACCAUCCAGGAGGAGGACGCGCUCACCAUCACCGCCCCCCUGCCUGCCCACUGACCCCCGGGCUCCUGUCCCCAGCGCCCCCGCUGUCACCACCCGCAUCCCUCCAGGGCUUCGCUGCCGUCCUCCUCCUGCUACCUCCCGCCCUGGGAAGGGGACAGGGGACGGUCCCCGCUGCUGUCCCCAGUGCCACCGUGGGGGCUGGGGUUUGCUGGGUUCUCUCCGUUUCUUGGUGUUUUCUUUUGUUUCGUUGGUUUGUUUUGUGUUUUUUAAACCGGUAUCUCCUCACUUGGUUGGUCCCCUCUGGGCUUGGUGGCGCUGGGACGAGGUUAGAGGAGGUGACAUGGGUACAAUGGGGGGGUCCUGGCUUCACCCCCCAGGCUCAGGAUGUGGUGACAGGUUGGGGGACAUCGGUACUGGGCGUUGGGAUGUUGUGGGGGGACAUUGCGGGGGAACGUGGGUGACAUGGGGACAAGCCAAGUGGCACCAUCCUCCUCAUCUCCAUGGCGGGAGGGCAAAGGGGCCGUGGUGACUUGUGUCCCCAUCCCCCACACUCCCAGGAGCUGUUUGUGGCCCGGAUCGGGCCCCUUCCUGGUGGGACAUCACCCUGUCCCCGUGUCCCCACCACCCCGCUCCUGCCCCCCCCCCAGCCUGGAGCGUGACUGACGCUUCUGGGAAAACGUGAUGGCGACUACAAAACCCAAAAAACUUAAAAAAGAAGCAUGAAAAAUAAAGUAUUUAAGUACUUAAA